AUGGCGGCAGUCAGGGCACGCUGCACUCGAAAGCUCCGGAGCUGGGUGGUGGAGCAGGUGGAAAGCGGGAAGUUCCCAGGGGUAUGCUGGGAUGAUAAAGAUAAGACCAUGUUCCGAAUUCCCUGGAAGCAUGCAGGCAAGCAGGACUUCCGGGAGGACCAAGAUGCUGCCUUUUUCAAGGCAUGGGCCAUCUUCAAAGGGAAGUACAAGGAGGGAGACCCUGAAGGCCCUGCUGCCUGGAAGACUCGCCUGCGCUGUGCCCUCAAUAAGAGUUCUGAAUUUAAGGAGGUUCCUGAGAGAAGCCACAUGGAUGGUGCUGAGCCCUUUAAGGUGUAUCAGUUACUGCCCCCAGAGUGUUCCACAGCCCAGUCAGGCACCCAGAAAUCACCAUUAAAGCGACACCACAGUUCCAUAUCAUCUGAAAUGAAGGAAGAUGAAGGCACCAUGAAGAGAUCUGCACUCACCCCCAUCUUGUUCCUGGAGUCGUUCAGUAACGAAUGUGGAGCCAAUGAGGGAGCAGACCAUUCAGACACUGGAAGUAGCAGCAGCAGCAGCAAUAGCAAUGACAGCCCUGAGCCUCAGGAAGGAGCAGACACUACUGAGGCCCCCUCGCAAGGAGAUCAGGAGUAUUUGCUCCCGCCAGACUCAGACUUCUCACUACUGCUUACUUUUAUCUACAAUGGACGUGUGGUCGGGGAGACCCAUGUGCACAGCCCGGACUUCCGUCUUGUGGCCGAGCCCUCAGGCUCCCGGAGCAACAUAGAGCAAGUCGUUUUCCCCAUACCGGACCCCCUGGAGCCCACACGGCGCCUGCUGAGCCAGCUCGAGAGGGGCAUCCUAGUGGCCAGCAACUCUGACGGCCUUUAUGUGCAGCGCCUCUGCCCGAUCCCUAUCUCCUGGGAUGCACCCCAGACACCCCCUGGUCCAGGCCCACAUCUUCUGCCCAGCAACGAGUGCAUGGGACUCUUCAAAACAGCCUCCUUCUGCAGAGACUUGGCUCGGUACUUGCAGGGACUGGGCCCCCCACCCAAGUUCCAGGUAACACUAAGUUUUUGGGAAGAGAGUCCUGGCCCUAACCACACCUCACAGAAUCUAAUUACAGUAAAGAUGGAGCAGGCCUUUGCCCGACAUUUUCUGGAAAGGACUCUAGAGGAACAGACAGCCUCUCCGCCCCUGAUGCAGAGCCUGGGGGAGCCCCUUCUCUCCUCACCUCUUUUCCUCUCCACUCCUUUAAAUAAGGCCAUUCUCCACACUAGUAACUUGCCUUCUUCUGUGUUAAUUAUGAGUGAUUGUAUGUGA